UCUCACGGGUUGCUCAUCACCGCGAAAACAGACGACGGGUGCAAGAUGCGUCUAGGCUUCCAUGGCAUUGUGGCGAUCGAAUAUAACUGACAGACGCGAGAUCAUAAAUCGGUAUGCACGAUCAUUUUGACUACAGUCGUUCUUACACAGAUGCUACAUUACGAAAACUCAUGCAACUGGAAGCUCAACCAAUGGUGCUGCAUGAAUGGGUGAUGCCCUGCAAGUGAGCUAACAAAGUGACACCACAGAAUAUAGAUGGUACACAAUGUGAAUACUUUAAACUCAACCAACUGUAUUUGAGCCUUACAAGCUGGUUGUGAAGGUAUUGCAAGUAGAAGAAGAACGUGAAAGGCUACAAUGGCUCUGCUGGACACAACAACGAGCAACCGAAGCGAAGGCGGCUACUACUCCCCUUGGAAUCACAAGAUGUUCCGGUCACAAAACCAGUUGCUCACAUCAUGCCCUGCCUACCUGAAUGAUGCAGAGGCACAGAUGCGGUCUACACCAGCAAACUCUAUCUGUGCGAGCACCACUUCAGUUGCUAGCCUCAAUGGAAAUGAAAGAACUGUCUUUGACGAUAUGGUUUCCAAGAUCGUAGAUGAAGACCACAUGACGGGGAACCCUUUCUUUAAUCAUACGGAGCAGAUAACGAAUGGGUAUUCUGCAGGUCUGGGUUUGUCCAUCUCUCCCAUGGAACGGUACUGCGAGACUGCAGGCUACAGUGGUACAAUGGGCAGGAAUCUCAUGCCUCCAUCUCCCAGUAUGAUGGAAGGCCCAAAGUAUCACAACAAGUUUUUUGAGUCUGCUGGUGAUCAAUCGUGCAACCCAGUGACGCCACCUAGUUCCACGGAGUACCUUACCGAGGGUGUGGUCAACUACAUUCAAAGUCUCAAGGACGAGUACCAGGGGAUUAAUCAGGACUGCAGUAUCCCUUUUGAUUGUGGCAACAGCAGCCAGUCAACAACAAACAGCAUUUGUGACAGUGGCCCUGCGUCUCCUUUUGUUCUCAGCCAUCAGCAGCAGUACUUGGCCCAGCAGCAACAUUGCUUUCAAGCUAUGCAGCAAUCUAGUGCCAGGAACCUCCGCAAGCAGUACGAGGACAGCCAUGCACAGCACGAAAUCGAAAAGCCGCCCUCCAGUUACGUCCAGCAGUCAUCUCACUGCAAUGGAUACAGUAACGUGCUAAAUGGCGCGCACCUGCGCAGUAGUGAGCAGGCCCUGGGCGCGCUCAGGGUGGACACCUCACACGGCGACACGAGUGGACGGAGCCACAACUUGCCCCCGGUAUCCGGUGCUGGUUACGGUGGAGGCCAAGGGAUAAGCUCAUAUCACAACUUCCCUCGUAACUUGAGCUCCCGGUAUCAGCAGAAGUAUGGUCCACUGCCUCCUUCCCUCAUGGCUGCUCAGCAACGAAAUGGGUUCCCCGGGUAUCAGCACCACGAGGGCGGAGAGCUGUCACCGUACGAGAGCUACCAGCUCUAUCUCAGCAGCAAAGGGAAUAGGUAUCGUGCGGGCCACGCAUUCCUGGGAGACUCCUAUGCAGAUUCCAUCGUUGGUGCUUCGGGCUUGCAUCAUGGAGGCAUGCUCCCGUACGGCAUUCCGGGGGCUGCCAUGUUUGGGCCACGUCUUGUCAGGCGCAGUGGUCCUUCAAACGAACUCCACCUCCGUCUUGAGGACUGCUAUGAGCAGUUUCGCAAUCUGGAAAAGGAGAGGAAGAAGACUGAGGCAGAACUUGCCCGUCAGAACCCGGGUAAGAAGGUGUCAAGCACCAACAACAUUCCCAUCCCUCGACUGCCUCCGAACCCUUCUCGUGUGGACCGCCUUAUUGUGGAUGAGCUCCGAGAGCAUGCCAAGGUGAUCACCCUGGUUGCCAAGAUGGAGCAGCUGCGUGGUGCCGAAGUACACCGCAACAUUCACUAUGCCAUGGAGAAAUGGCUGGAAGCAAUCCGUUAUGUGCAGGCACGACGGAGAGAUGAAAUUGUCAAUGCAACAAACCGUCACCGCACUGGUCCGAACCGUAUCCAAGAAGAGAAAGACGUGAUGGCACUGGCACUGAGCAUUCACAACUUGAGCAAGGCAUCCAGGAGCGCACGAACGGCCCUCUGGUGUGCACUGACCACAACCAUUUUGUACGAGUUCCAAGUGGCUUCAGAAGCCAACUACCAGGCCUGCUUUGGAACUACCCAACCAUCAUCCGAUGAUGCGUGAGACCUGCACGCUUUCUUUGGGCUUCUACGUGCAGUAUUGUUAUACACACAUAUAUUAUGGUGUUUCUAGGUAUAUUUUUUAGAUGGUUCCUCCUCUUUAUGGCAGUUGUUUCUUCGCAUCCGAUAGCGCACAUGCUGCACUUGCAGUUUGUAGUCGUAAGCUGUUGAGUGUCGUGAGUAUCACCGUGACUUGUUGUUCUUUUGCUAGUCGCAGCUGAAGAACAUUAACUUAAAUGAUUUUUCGCAAGUUCUUCAGUCAUGUCCUGGUGGCACAUAGACAGAUUGGCUCCAGAAGAAGCCAAAAUGAAAUAUAGCAGUUAAUACUUGCAAGGCAGGAAGGAAGGAACGAAGUUCCACCUGGAAGUAUUAUUUGACAAAUCGCCAGUAGAUCCGCAGUCUAUGGCACAAAGCGAUACUCAGACAUUCCACGUAACCUCGUCGACGACACUACAUAUUAGACACUCAGCUGCAGCUGAUUUUUCUUUAUCUGGGUGGGUGUAAGCUUGAACAUGUUCUAGGAUUCCUAGAAAAACUGCAGCUGCAUCGGUGUGCUAUCUAUAUGUAUAUUAUAGCUGUGCUAUUGUUAUCGUAGGAAAAAUGCAUUUGGUGCUGUGUGGCAAUCAGAAUUCUGAAACACCUGAAUGAGGUGGUGCAAUGGAAAAAAAAAACUCUGUGCAAUACUGUAUGUGGUAGGGUUGUCUGACAGUAGAAAAAGCGUCUGCUCUAGUCAUCUUCUGGAACCACAAGACAGUGUUUGAUAACUUAAUGUCAUGCUGUAUUUUUUCCCCAUGGAGUGGUAAACCUGGGUUGUUCACCAGUGGAGCACAUAUGGAAUGUACAUACUACAGCUGUCAUACCCUCCUGGUUAUCUAGAUAGAACAAGUGACAAUGUAAAUCUGUUGGGCACCUUUGUAAUAGAGGGUCUUUUUUCUAUUUGUGUAUCCUGCCAAAGCUUGACAUUAGAUAUAGCGAGAGUUCACAUUGAUGUAAUCUACUCUAAGUAUUUUCCACGUGGAAACAUUGUGAUUUACUACCAGUAUAUAUAUAUUAUAUAGUGGAAGUCAGUGAAGUGCCUCAGUAAUUUUAUAGCUUUUACAGAACUCACAUAACUACUACUACUACUAGUUGCAUUGACAGUUGUCCUUUGCUAUUUCUUGUCUCCUGCAUGGUCUAUUGAUGUGAUACUACUGCAGUUAGCAUAACCUAGCAGUAACCUUUUUGCUACUUAAAAUGAUGCUUUCAUGCAGGAAUACUUCUUACGCUCUCAGCCCUCUCAAUGUUAUGCAGUGUUUUGAUGUGUUUUUUUUUUGUUUUUUUUUUCACUGCUUUGUAGCAUGCAAAAGACCAAGCCACACACAGGUGCUGACGCUUGAUACUUCUGUUGUGGGCCGUUCUGUUGUCUGAAUUUUGUUUUUAUUUUGCGUUCCAGCCAUUUAAGUCAUGUGUGGCUCGUCGCGUUACCGCUACUGUUGUACGUGCUGCAACAUUGAAAAUACUCCAGGUGACUACAUAACUUGCCUCCAGUGCUCGAGGUCUGUAAUGUGGCGAGCUUAUUCUAGUCAUGGGGGCAUGUUCUCACCCUUUACUGUUUCUUUUCUGUUCUUCUUUCAUGUUUUAGCUCAGCCAGCAAUUGGUGUUGUGAUAUUUUUAACGACCUUGUGGCACACAAGUCGCGUGGGGGGGAUACGUGUUCAUGUUUUAUGAUACCCGGUUGUGGUUUUGCGCAGUAUUAUUGUUAUGGCUUCUUUUUUGCUUAGAUACGCUGUGGUAGCUACCUCUAGUCCUAACAGCGGUGUAAACUUGUGUGACAAGCUCGAUGUGAGCAUGACGGGACAGUCAACUUCUGUUAAAGACUUUGCAUUUGAGUGUGUGUCUUUGGGCUACAUUGUCGUUUGGUGUGUGUUGUAAGUUGAGUGUGGUUACCAUGGGAACAAAUGAUGUUGGUCAAUUUAAAAUUUCUUCACUUCUUCAGUCACCUGAUGUAUCACUGUAUACCACUUGUUCACCAAGGUUUCUUCUACGUCACUAGUCGUCAUUGACUGCUGCUCUGGUAUGUGUUUAUCCAUUGUGCAUCUCUUACAUACGUAUAUUCUGACUAAGCUCUGGUGCUUCAUCUUUUUGAGCUUUAUUUUCUUGGCCAUCAUUAGUGGACAAAACUGCUUUGAGACUUACUCGCCUCUGUUGUGUCUUGUGUACUUAUUUCUUCAUAUUUUUUGGCGGUAUAUUUGCUAUACUGGCUGUUUCUACCUUCACAUUACAUCAUGCAUAUAUGUCCCUCAUUGGUUUUUGUGGGUUUCUCGUCAAUAAUGUAGCGAUGACGUAGGCUUCAGCUGAACAACAUUCCUUUUGCAUUUAUAAGACAUAGUAUGCAAUCUUUUUACAUAUCAAAGGAUUACCUUUUACUCACAAUGUGUGUCUGUCCAAUGCUGACGUGUCAGUAGAGUAAAGUAAUGAAAUUUCUAUUCCUCUUCUGUUCUGUCUCGGGUGCUAGUUGCAUCUCCUGUGCAUUUACCUCCAACUGUGAGGCACCUAUCCCCAUGUUUUACUGUUAGCCUGGCUAUAGUAAUAAUUAACAUGCAAUACAAUCAGUGCUGCCUCUUGUACCAUCUCCCAUGACCUUCCAACCUCUAGCGCCAUCUUCCACUGUGAUGUUGCAGUAUUGUGUGCAAGCAUGAAAACGCAUAUAUAUACAUAUACAUAUAUAUAAAUCUGCACAUAUAUACAUAUGUGUAUCGGUGGAAGUCUACACGUUGUAACGAUGGCCAUUUUUCGGUGUCUCAAUAACAUCUGCGUAGUUGCUCAACCUUCUUCCACAUUUGAGGGGACCUACUGUAUGGUGGCAGGGGUGCGUCAUGUACAUUUGUGCGUAACCCACAGUAGGCUCUUUCCUUAUUUAAAAACGAAAUCUUCACACCAGGGUCAGUACACGUGUCCCAGCACUCAUUUCAUAAUGCUUGUCAUGCAGCUCCCAUUUGUAAGACCUCGCGAGUAAUGGAAGCUAAAUCCGUGACAAAACAUAAAGAGGCAGAAUUUAAACAGGAAUUCCUCCCGAAAGCUUUCUUGAUGGUACCCUCAAUGUUAUCAGACUUUUCUGCUUCAUUCAACACUAGGUGGCAGUGUGAGCACAGCAAUCAACACAAAUUUUUACCCCUCCUUUUUGCCAGUCCCGGUAGUCGAUAUUGUAGCUGUUUGUAAAAUGGUCGUAAGUUUCUCUUGCCAAAAGUUUGAUAAGAAGUCUAUUUUAAUAUAGCUCUAGCAAUCCCUCGUAUGUAGCCAGAGAAGUAUAUAUAUAUAUAUUCUAUAAAUAUUGAACAGGAUUUUUUACGUUGUACUUUGCAGCGAGCGCCAAAGCAGAAAAGUAAUGUUGUGAGCUUUCCAGUGGUUUAUCUUGGUCUCUCGUAGGUUUUCUGAGAAGAGAAUGUAUUUUCUAUGGACUGUCGUAAUGCUAGUUAGAUUAGUGUUCAUGAGGACCAUACUCGAGGCUGUAGGUGUUACUACUUUUAAUAAGUGUUCCUUAUGGUGUUCAUAAGAUGCUUUGUCUCUGGGAUGCACAGUUUAACCUCUACGUAGCGAAGUCUCGGAAAGGUACUUGAGCUUGUUGCUUCGUAAAAUUUGCCACAUCAGCAAAACUCCAGCACAAGAACCUCGUUACACAGCAUGAUUUGGACGGUUUACAAUGAAGUAGAGUUAGGGUCAUGUACUAAAUUCUGCCAGUAAUCUAAACAGAUUACUCUUCACUGCACUCCAGCUGGGAAUUAGCUUGGAAAUGUGUCGUAACACGCAGCUACCCCUGCCUUGAGGAUACUGCUACCCGAGUACAUAUACAUAUAGGAGGCAACGUGCAAGACAGUCAGCUGCACUGGUGCUGCCGCUACAGGUGGAUUCUAGUCAUUACGUACAGCCAAAGUGCCAUCACUCUAUUUUUUGUCGCUAUUAAUUUACUAAAAACGCUAAAUUGGUACUUAAUUGCAAGUGUAUCAAAAUCUUGAACGUUCUGCUUCACCGGGAUGUGCAGCAUCAUUACAUCGAAUGUAAGGUGAUUCACACAACAGGGAAACAGUGGGAAGAGAUGUAAAUGGAAUAUCCAGGAACAAACUUCGGAGACUGACAUUCGUUACGUCAAGGUUGAAUUGUCUUUGUGGUGUGAUUCAAGAGGUUGUUGGAAAGCAGCUGUGACCACAGUUCUGUGAAAGCAAAAUAUGUUGUAGAUGUUCAAUGUAGUUUUAGCUGUUUUUCAACAAAGUGGGCUGUACAGUUUGUUGCCAGUGGCACUGGCACAAACACUGCUGCUUUCUUCACCAUUUGUUAAGGUUUUGUACUACUAGUGUGGCACUCUCUUUCACAUGUCAUGGUCCCUGUCCACUUUUCAGUCAUAAGCCCACACUCAACGGAUAGCGUAUCCAGGAAUAAGCUUUUCCCUAUAAUAUGCAAUGGAGAAAUCCAAUAUAUCGCUGCAUCACUACCAUAUUUCGUGCCAAUAUCGAGGACAUCCGAGGUCCAUUGGGCAUCCAGAAGGUCCAGACACAAACUAAUCAUGAAAGUCUUUAUUUCAUCCUUGUAGCUGCAAAGGGUGCGCAAGCUUUCUGAAAUCAUGCAUAGCACAACUCUCAGCAAGGUUCCGUUAAAAACGUUCGGGUAGAACACAUAGAUAGAUUGCAUUGCUUUAUAACUUGGGUAGCAAAAGAGCUGCCUGAUAGUCAUUCGUAAGUGUGCAGCAGGUGCUUCACAGUGAAAUUAUGCAUUUAGACAGUGACAGGGACCAUGGUAUAAAAAAUGCAAAUGUGGAAUGCUAUGUCACUCAAACUGUUAGGAAUUACUGGUAUAUGUUAGUUGCAGUCUUUGAUACUUCGAUUUCAAAUAAAGUUGUCGGCUUUU